GUUCCAAAAUGGCGAAAAAGCGGAAGUAAAAAGUGCGUCGAAGUCUGCUCCAAAAGUUGAAGGAAGUUUUCUGGGAACAUCCAUGAAGAAAGUGUUCUCUCUCACCUGUACCUGACACCUGUGUCAUCAUGGCCGAGGGACAAGGUGCACCCGGCUGCUCAGGUUCACCUGGACCCUCUAGUAGCCAGCUGAAGAGGAAGGGGGAGGGAGAGCAGUCUCCAGUGAAGAAGAAACCAGUUCCCCUUAUAGAGGAAGAUGUUCAAAAAUACUUCUACUACAUCAAGGAAAAUGUGAGCUCAGAUUGGAGGGACCUGGCCUUCUUUCUUGGAUUUCGAGGACCAGAUGUGGACAACAUCGAUGGGAGAAACCGGGAUGACAAGUCUCGCUGUAUGGACCUGUUGGAGGAAUGGCUGAAGGGUAACGGAGAGAGAGCCACAAUAGAGGUCCUGAUGGAGGCUCUGUCUGAGGCAAACCUGCAAAGUGUUGUGGAUGGUCUUCAAGGUAUGAAUAUCCUUUCUAUUCCAGAUCUUUUCCAGCAGUCUGUGAAGAAGUACUAUGAGUUGAAACUGACACACUUCAGGCCUCUGAUCUGGAAUGACAACUUCACACUUAGCCUCAGUGACAUCUUCACCCAGUUAGAGUUGAUACCAAAAAGUGAAAAACAGAAAAGGUCAGAAUCCAUGAGGGGAGCAGAGAAAAGACUUAAGUCAUUAGAUGACUUGUUCAAGCCAGAUGUCACAGGACUGUCCACAGCACCAAGGUGCAUUCUGAUUGAGGUGAAGCUGAGGGGGAAGACAACGUUUCUGUCCAAAGAAGCCCUAGAUGCCGUCUCACAGAAAACAGAGCUGGGCAGACUGCACGACAUCGUCCUGUUGAUCCGACUCCGGGAGGUGAGAGAGGGGGAGACCAUAGAGGAGAUGGUGUGGGACCAGUGUGUGCCCAAAAGAAAAGAUGUUGAUGUAGAGUGCAUUGAAGCGAUUCUUGAGAGAAACGAGUCCCGUGUGCUCUUCCUCCUAGAUGGGUAUGAUGAGCUGCGGCCUGAGGCCAGGGCAGCCGGGCAGGCCAUUCCCAAACUGCUGUCUGGCAAGAUGUACCCCAACAGCACGAUUGUGAUCACCUCCCGACCCUCAGCAGGAGUGCAGCAGUACACCCGGCCAGACUGUCACGUACACAUUAUGGGCUUCUCCCCUGAGCAUGCAGCACAAUAUGUGAGAAAAUAUUUCUUCAUCACAGAAAGCCCUGAGCUGGCAGAGGCUUUCACCAGGAAACAUUUCAUUCACAUUCACUCACACUCAGUCUUUGUUGAUGAUUUGUCUGCUGGUAGUCAUUAUAAAGAGAAAGUCGAAAAUACUUCUGUUUUAGCUUUGAAGGAUAACGAACUUGUAAACAACCUAAUCCAAACCCCAAUCUUUCUGCUGUUGUUGUGUCUGCUGUGGGAGGAGGACCAAGAGAUGGUGUCUACUGGAACAAUGACUCGGCUGUACGACAACCUGCUGACAUGUCUGGUCAGAAAGUGCUGUGAGCGGGAAGGAGUGGACAUGCCAACAGAGGGGCUGCCUACAGAGGUUGCUGAGUCAUUACUGCAGCUCGGCAAGCUUGCACUAGAGGCACUGCUGAGGAAUGAGACCCUGCUUGACCUUGCAGAAGUAAAGAGAGAAAAGGUUAAUUGUGAGUUAUUGUUAAAGCUGGGUGUGGUCUCCUUGGAGGUUUCUUCCUCGAAAUUGCAUCCUAGGAAACAGCUGAACUUUUCACACAAGACCAUGCAAGAGUUCCUAGCCAGACGAUAUGUAGCUCAUGCUCAAGUGAACCAAAACAUAGUUGAGCUGCUGCAGCUCACCUCCAUAAGCAAGACACUUGAACUCAGUAACCUGCUUCAGUUCACAUGUGGCUGUGACUCACAGGCAGCACAAGCUAUGAUGGAGGAACUAAGCAAGCUCAGCAGCAGAGAGUUCGCACACUUAAAACCAGAACAAUUCAAAAGUUAUGCCAAAGUGCCAGUGGAUCAAAACAUGCAAAAGUCUUGCAAAACCUAUGAAAGGUUUUCACACUUGUGCCUGAACAUCCUUAGUGAGAGACAAGAACCAGAAGUGCUUCAGGGUAUCAGUCAAGCCCUGCCAGUUGUCAUGCUGAACAGCUCCAUUAACAGUAGGGGAGCCACAGGUCUCAAGUAUUACAUACAAAAUCUCCAUUCAGCAAACCUGCCAGACAGGCUCAUACUUAAGAUCCAUAGAAGCACUGACAGAGACAAAGUACAGUACCUACAGCAGUGUUUUACGACUUCUCUCCCUGGACUUAGAUUGGACUUGACACUAUGGGGGGGAUUCGGAGUCGGGGCACAUUUUGACUCACCUGAUCUGACAGCCAAGCUGGCUUCAGUUCUGAAGAAUGUUCCCUGUCUGAGGGAGCUGGGUCUGUCAGGUACAAAACUAACACCAGCCUCACUCCAGCCACUUGUGCAGGGGUUCAGACACAUGUCUCUGUUAGAGGAACUGAAUCUUGACUUCAACUUAUUCCUUGGUGAUGCUGGCAUGGAAGUCCUACAGGUUGGGUUGUCCAGUGUUCCACACCUGACUGCACUCUGUCUUAGGUUAGUUAGCAUGACAGCUCUGGGCAUGUCAUCCCUGGCUCCCUACAUGCGCCACCUAGUGGGACUGAGAGAGUUGCUUAUAAGUGAUAAUAAGAUUGGUGACACUGGGCUGACAUCUCUCACUACCGUCCUCCACACCUUCACUGCCAUGCAGGUGUUGGGCCUGAGUGGGACCCGUAUCAGCCCCACAGGCAUGCGCACACUGGUCCCUGCACUGUGUAAGUUAACCAGACUGAUCAGACUGGACAUUAGUGAAAAUGCCAUAGGAGACCCUGGGCUGGAAUGCCUGGCUGCUAUCCUCCACCACCUCAUAGCCAUGAAGAUGUUAGUUCUCUAUAGGACAGGUAUUAGUGACAGGGGAAUAUCAUCCCUGAUCAAAGCUCUGCCUCACCUGGUGCAGUUACAGGUGUUGGAUGUGAGUGACAAUAACAUAGGAGACUCAGGGAUUGUCUCACUGGUGCAAACACUCUGUCAGCCCAGCAAUUUGUACAGGGAACAAAACCCACCUGGUGACAAGAGUCUGACCACAGCCCCUCACCAUAACACCACACUACAGGAGCUGUACAUUGGGGGGAAUAGUGGAGUAACAGGAGCUGGACUGGUGAGGGUCGCACAGGUCAUCACACUGCCGGCACUGACCAGGCUGGACAUGUCUGGUGACUGGGACAAACCUGCACACCUGUCUGACACUGCUGCCAUGGAUCUGGCCGAGGCUCUACCCAGACUCCCUGCCCUGGAGCAGCUGAACCUACGGCACAUCUCCAUGGAGCCUGCAGGGUUCCAGGCUGUGGUGCAGGCUGCUGAGGAACACCCGACACUGGAGACACUGAGGUGA